CGGAAUGGCAAUGCCAGAUUUGCUCCUCAACUGAUUUGUUUGCAGUAAAAAUUUGUUAGGACGCGUUACACCUGCCGCACAUGGAUACGAAGUCCAAUGAUGACUCUGGUGGCAGCGACUCUCUGGACAAAUCAAUGCAGAGGAAGUGUGUAAUGGUUGAGACAACCGGCGCAACGUCGGAGCCCGCCGCGGAGGCAGAUGACUGCAGCAGGGAAUCCGCUGCACUGCGAGAGUCGCCACCAGGUGAACCAAAGACUGAUGCGUCCGGCGCUGGGACAAGCAUUGGUGAAAGUUCAACGGCGCACAAAGGCAUUAACACAACAGCAGCAAGUGCUGCGUUCGAGUCGAAAGUUAAACUCAUUUCCCAAAACCUCAAAGAGACAACGCUCGCUGAGACGGAGACGGAGGCGUCAACGUCAAACUCAUCGACCGACAUCGCUGACUGUGUGACAGAUGAUGUUGUCGAAACGUUGCAGCAACAUAGAACAGAUAGCUGCGACCAUCGUGUGAAAAAGGUGCGAUUCCAUCCAGACGUCAAAGAAAAUGAUGGCGGCAAUCGUGUGAAAAAGAAAAGGCGCUCAGCGCGAACAAAUACCGCCAAUAAGAUAAAUAUGAGCUGUGAUGGCAUGGAUAUGGACGAUGAGGAUGAAUGCGACGAUGACGCUGAGCCAGAGGAGGACGAGGAGGAGGAGGAAUUCAAUUUGGCCAAAACAAUUGCCGAAGCGGAGGACUACUUAAAGCAGCAUCCGCUGACAUUUGUGAGGCGUGUCGAACAAAAUGGCGAGCGGUUGCGUGAUGGCCUGCUAAACAUCGAGGAUAUGCCGCAGCUGGUGGAACGCGAGGUGAAAGCAGAGAAGAACAACGAAGAUGAUUUCUAUAAAAAAUGUAAGCCAGAGAACGGCAUAGAGCGGGUAUUGGGCAAGGAGACAAAGGCGGGCAAGGUGGAAUUUCUGUUACGAUACGAGAACCAAGGCGGCCUCUUUUGGGAGUCGGAGGACUACAUCAGGCGCAUGUGUCCGACGCUCUUGAAAGCUUAUGAGAAAAACCGCGAGCGGAGGCAGCAGCGUCUAAUGCAUCACGUUGCCAAACGCCAGAGCCUGCGCCAGCGAUAUACGGAUUUCUAGUAACAUAAAUAUAUCUAUAUAUAUAGCUUUUAGGAUUUUAAUUAGGUUCCGCGAAGUAAUUGUAACAUUUUUGUAAUAUGGAGUAAAUGAUUUUCUUUUGUUGAACGAAACUGCCAAGUAUCUCGCCAUCAUGAAUUUGGAUAUAUCGAUAUCGAAGAUGCGCCAGCUAUCGAUUUAAUUUGUAGACCAAUUUCAUGCAAGCUCAUUAUUUGGGUAGAUAAAUCGAA